AUGGAAUUAUCAUUAUUAGAGCAAACUGAUCAAAAAUCCAAUACUCGAUUAUCACGCAUUGGGAAAAUACUUAUAUACUCUACUGGUGGUCUAGCACUUGGUGUCAGCGCCCUUUGCAUUCCGUUUAUUUCACCUGCUUUUAGAAAAAUAUGUUUACCCUACGUGCCAGCCACCACAGAGCAAAUAAUUGGAGUAACAAAUGCCUUAAAAGGUCGUUCUGGGACUUUACUAGAUGUUGGUUCUGGUGACGGAAGAAUAGUCUUCACAGCAGCUAAGCUUGGGUUUACCGCUCAUGGAGUUGAGUUAAAUUCAGUAUUAGUUUAUUAUUCUCGAUUAGCUGCGCUUAUUAACCGACAGAAUUGGAGUACAAGAUUUUAUAAGAAAAAUCUUUGGCAUUUUAACCUUAAACCCUACAAUAAUAUAGUUAUUUUUGGGGUAGAGCACAUGAUGCCAGAAUUUGAAAGAAAAUUAUUAUUGGAAGUUGAUAACGGAACAACAGUGGUUGCUUGCCGUUUUCCUUUACCAAAUAUGGUGCCAAUGGAAACUAUUGGCCAUGGUGUUGAUACUGUUUGGAAAUAUAUUGUUAAGAGAUAA